UCGAGUUCGUCUCAGCUGAACAUCCGACCGGUUUUGGAGAACCUAGAAGCGGAAUAAAGUCCACCGAGAAGAAAGUCAUAUGGAUCUGGGAUGGCAUUAGGAUGGCCUCCACAUGGUGGGAGCACCUCCCCCUGUUGGUGGAUAAUGGAACUGGGCAUGUGGACAACAGUAGCUGUUUCAGUGCCACACAGAGCACUGUACUAAAGGGGGUGACAUUCGGAGGAGUACCCACAGUACUGCUGCUAGACUUUAUAGUCUUUUUGAUACUGCUAUUGGCCUUCACUUUGAUCAGAAGGAAACUCUGGGAUUAUGGGAGACUCGCUCUUAUCGCAGAGUCUCAAGGGUUGAGCGAUGCCAAUAAACGACGUUACAGUAGAAUGACGUCAUCCAUUGCCGGUGAAGAACCAGAGUAUGAGAGGGGUUGCUGUUCUUGGCUCACUUUCAUCAUCAAUAUGGAUGAGACGAUAGUCAAGGAGAGAUGUGGAGUGGAUGCCGUUCAUUAUCUGUCUUUUCAGAAGCACCUGAUUACUCUGCAGUUGCUCAUCUGUGUGCUGUCAGUGUCCAUCAUACUGCCAGUCAAUCUGUCCGGAGACCUGCUGGGCAAUGACCCCUACAGUUUUGGUAGAACCACAAUAGCCAAUCUCCAGCAGGGUGAUAAACUACUGUGGCUGCACACUGUGUUUGCAGUUCUCUAUCUUAUGCUGACGGUGGCGCUGCUGAGACGGCACACUUCAAAAAUGAAGGGAACUAAGAGAGAGAUGGCCAGAAACACCCUGUUUGUGAGUUCUGUUCCAACUACAGCCAGUGAUGAGAGUAUAAAAACUCACUUUAUAGAGGCAUACCCUACUUGUCAAGUGAUUCAUGUUAACUUGUGUUAUGAUGUGGCCAAACUGAUCAACCUGUCCAAAAAUAGAAAGCGGGCUGAAAAAAACCUGCAGCAUUACUGUAAGAUUCUUGAGCGGCAUGGCCGGCGGGAGGUCAUCAACACGCGUCCGUGCAGCUACCUGUGCUGCUGCUGCCACUGUCAGAGCUGUGAAAAAGUUGAUGCUAUAGAAUACUAUAGCUCACAGGAGGCUGCGCUAGUUGAAGAGGUAAAUAAACUACAGGAAAGUGAACAGCUGGCUCCUCUGGGCAUGGCUUUUGUCACCCUACAGAACGUAUACAUGGCCUCUUAUAUUCUGAAAAAUUUCAAUGCUCUGGACUGUGGAGGCGGGGCAAGGGGUGUGGCUGGAGUUAAGUGGGGGUGUGGCCAGGAGCCUCAGCCAUCCUCUAAGAGCACAGAGCUGAGGGUUCGAAGAUGGAAAGUGAGUUACGCCACAAACCCACAUAAUAUCUACUGGGAGAAUUUGUCAGUACGUGGUUGGCGUUGGUGGUUGCGUUGUCUACUGCUGAACAUUGCCCUGUUCAUCCUCCUUUUCUUCCUCACAACUCCCUCCAUCAUCAUCAGCACCAUGGACAAGUUUAACGUCACCAAACCCAUUCACUAUCUGAACAGUGCUGUUGUCAGCCAGUUCUUUCCCACAAUUCUACUAUGGACCUUCUCUGCCCUGUUGCCCACCGUAGUGUAUUACUCUACUCUGGCAGAAGCCCAUUGGACCAGGUCUAGUGAGAACAUGAGCAUGAUGUACAAGCUGUACACCUUCCUGAUCUUCAUGGUGUUGAUUUUGCCAUCACUGGGCCUGACCAGUCUGGAUGUGUUUUUCCGCUGGGUGUUCGACUUACAAUCUGAGGGGAAGCUGAGGUUUGAGUGUGUGUUUUUACCUGAUCAGGGGGCGUUCUUUGUAAACUACGUGAUCGCGGCAGCUCUUGUGGGCUCCGGCAUGGAGUUGCUGCGGUUGCCAGGGUUACUGCUCUACAUUGUGCGUCUGGCACUUGCACAUUCGGCAGCUGAGAGAACAUAUGUUAAACAGAAUCAGGCAUAUGAGUUUCAGUAUGGAGCAAUGUAUGGAUGGACGCUGUGUGUGUUUACAGUCAUCAUGGCGUACAGCAUCACCUGUCCUGUCAUCGUCCCCUUCGGUGUGCUUUACCUGUUGCUCAAACACCUGGUGGACAAACACAACCUGUACUUUGCUUAUCUGCCAGCCCGACUUGAUCGGCAAGUUCACCUGGGUGCUGUCAAUCAAGCACUGGCUGCACCAAUCAUAUGCCUGUUCUGGCUCUUCUUCUUCUCUGUGCUCAGAACAGGUUUCAUGGCGGCAACAUCUCUGUUCACAUUAGUGGUUUUGUGUGUGACCAUCUUCAUCGGUAUAAGUUAUACCUGCUUCGGACACUUCAAAUACCUCAGCCCCCACAACUACAAUGUUAAAGAGGAAGAUGAAGAUGCUACAGAUGGUGCCUCAGAUUGCUCAUCUGCCUCGGUGUAUAUUCCCAAAGUGCUUAACCCAGACUCAUUGUCUGAAUCCUCUGAUAAGGACGUUCCUUGUCAGUCAUACGGCACAACGGACACAAGCCCAGCCUUUCUCAUCACAGAGGAAUACUGUCCAGAUUCAGAUAUCUAACAACAUUAGUCAACACAUCCACCAAUCAGAUGAUAUCUAUCAAUAUAACCAGCAAUCUCAACUGCCCUUACAUAAUCCCAAAACAUGGGAGCAAAAACGGACAACCUGGAAUGUAAAGUGACAAUUUGGAAAGUCCAAAUACUCCAAAAAGUGGAUAUCUGGGGGGAUUUUUUUUAUUAUUUUAUUUUAAAUCAGGCAGCUGUUGAGGAAACAUAAGGAACAUUUAAUCAUAAACUGCUGCGUAAUUUAUGCAAAGGAGCUUUUCGGGAUCCAAUUUUUCUUGCCAAAGACUGAACUGUUUUUAAAUGUCUAAAUUGCCUUUCAGAUUGCCAAAUAUUUCUACAUUACAAAAGGAGCCUCACCAAUGAGCGUUUGCCAAGGUUUACAAAUUUAGCUUUAGUAAAUGAAAGCACACCUGAACACCUGAACUGACUUUUAAACUCACUGGUGCCUUUUUGGAAGCAACGGAUCAUACUCUUUAUAACUGUAAUUUUGCUGAAUUUGGAGGAUUUGCUGAGUUUUCUAUGUCUAAAACUCAAUUUUAUACAAAUGUUAAUAUAUUGAUCAAUAUUUUGAGCUCAUCCCUCAGUGGCCUUUCAUUGAAAUAUUUCAAUUAAUGUGUGUUAUGUGCAAUUCUGGGUAGUAACGGAUUACAUAUAAUCUGGAUUAUGUAAUCAGAUUAUACAAAUCAAGUACUUGUGAUUAGAUUAAAUGACAUUUUAAGAUAAUUUUGUGACAUACUUUAUUGAAAAACUUUUGUUAUUUUUUUAAAUCUUAAAAAUAUUUCAUUCUAAAUAAGCCUACCGCUAAUAUACAUUAGACCAUGCCUUCUCAUGAAAUAAUAAUGCAAGUUACUUAACACCAAUGAUUUAUAACUGUGAAAUACUAUGUCUACAUCAUAUCUAGUGACCUUCAUUAAUUAUUGAUUCUGGACGUCAACAAAAAAAUACAAACCUGGAAGACAAUAUUUUUCUGCCAUCUUGGCCACAAAUAGCGUUGGAAUCUUAAUUUAUCAUGUAUCAAUUUAUACAUUACAUUUUCUUAAAUGCAUUUAAGCAAUAUUAUAUCAAACUAGUAUUGAUUAUCCUCCUUUAAUGCAUGUGACAAUAAAUAAACAAGAGUAUAAGAGGUAAUCCAAAAGUAAUUAGAUUACAUAAAAGAUAGAAUCCAAAAGAUUCCAUUACGGAUUACAAUAUUGUCAUGCCAUUUGUGAUCUGUACUCAAUUGCAAUUCUGAAGUAAUCCACCCAGCUGUGUGUGCGUGCGUGCGUGCGUGUGCGUGCGUGCGUGCGUGCGUGAAUAGAAUGAAUAGGUUUAUCGGUGGCUGUUUGAACUGAUCAUCAGUAGGUGGCACUGUUGCAUUCUGAGUCACCUCCGAGCAGUUCAGGCCAAAAGAGGUGAGACUGGUUUGGGGCUGGAAAAAUCUCCUUCUUUUCUCUUCAACAGUAAUGCAAUGUAAAUAUACUGUAUACUAUGUGGAUAUAAAGGGAAAGUCACCCACUGAAAUGCUGUUUGG